CCUGAUAUAUCUGUCCCCACGGUACCUACCAGGAGUCAAAAGACAGACUGGACUUCGCCCGUGUUUUCUGCUGGCCUCACGACAGCCUGCGGACGUCGAUGCAAACCAAACCCACAAGCCAGAGAGUUGCAGGAACCUUCCCUCUACACCAUCAAGGCUGUUUUCAUCCUAGAUAAUGACGGACACCGCCUGCUGGCCAAGUAUUAUGAUGACACAUUCCCCUCCAUGAAGGAGCAGAUGGCCUUCGAGAAAAAUGUCUUCAACAAGACCAGCCGGACUGACAGUGAGAUUGCGUUUUUGGGGGGCAUGACCAUCGUCUACAAGAGCAGCAUUGACCUCUUCCUGUAUGUGGUGGGCUCAUCCUCCGAGAAUGAGCUGAUGCUCAUGUCUGUGCUCACUUGCCUGUUUGAGUCCCUGAACCAUGUGUUAAGGAAGAACGUGGAGAAGCGCUGGUUGCUGGAGAACAUGGACGGAGCCUUCCUGGUGCUGGAUGAGAUCGUGGAUGGCGGUGUGAUUCUGGAGAGUGACCCCCAGCAAGUGAUCCAGAAAGUGAAUUUUAGGGCAGAUGACAGCGGCUUGACUGAACACAGCGUGGCCCAGGUUCUUCAGUCUGCCAAGGAACAAAUUAAAUGGUCGUUACUGAAAUGAAGGCUGUGCAUUCAAGGCUCCCUACCCCUAGAUCAUUCCCCCCCAAAUCCUGGCAAAAGCACAAAGACCCCAGGGGACACUGGAGACCCCUCUAUAUCCCCGGGCCCUCCCAGAAUUGACUCCCAGAGGUCUCUGGCCAAGGACUCUGAGAUGCAAAGAUUUGGCUUCAGCACUGAGUCACCCCUUCUCACUGCCCUGGCCUGCCCUUUCUGCCGUGAGAACCAGCUGAGCUGCCUUUACUCAGACCUUAGGCAUCUGUGGCCCCAGAGCACAAAUAAACCUGCUUUUAUCUCCUGCCA